AUGCUGAAAGAGACUUCUUCCAUUGAUGAUAAGCCAGAUGCAUUAAAUAGCAAAGUCAUUAAAGCUCUUCAAGAGAUUUCCACAAUCUUGAAAGAAAUUCAGGAAAUUCAAGAGGCAAACUUCAUUGCAGUCUCCAACAUAAAGAAUGCUCUUAAUAAUAUGCUGCAACUUAUUGAUUCAGGUCUUCAUGCAGCUCUUGCUGCUAGCACUCGCUCAGCUCUGGCUGCAAAUACCCCCUGUCCUUCUCAUGCUGAGCCUUCAAUUUUCUCCAUUUUCAACUAUAUGGCACCAAAGGGUGUGUCUUCUUCUCAUGAUGUGACUCUGACACAAACUGUCUCUGCAAAGCCAAGCACGCCAGCAGUCAAAAUUCCUGAUGCCAAUGAGAAGGAUGCUGAAAAGAACACUGCUGACAACAAGGAUGCUGACAAGAAUGAUGCCAACAAGGAUGCCAACAACAAGGAUGCCAAUGAGAAGGGUGCUGAAAAUGAGAAUGCUGAAAAAGCUGAUGCAAAUGUUACUUCUGAUGUUAGCAGCGAAGGAUUCCAAAAUUGGUUUUUCAGUCAGGGUGAUCUGUAA